CGCACUAAUCAAAACACCGGCCCACAACGCUCUAUUCUCUCUUUCUCCGUCUUUCUGUGUUUCGCUCUCUUCGUUUGGGUUUCCUUCUCGCGUUCAACUCUCGCAGCUAUUCGCGACUGACGGAAUGAUUGUUCCGAUUGUAUGUUGCCAUCCUCCGUCCGAUGCAGUCGUUGUGCGUAUCUAGUGCUUACUGUGGUGGUCGAUCACUCUCUACCUAGCGGCGGGGUAGUACGAUCGACACUUCUUCCACCCUUGGUGGGUGCGUUUGUGCGUACGACUUCCGGUGUGGAUCGGAAUAAACGGAAUUUCCGAGUGAAAAACAAAGGUUACAUCUUCCUCCAUCGUGAGGACAGUUUGUCGCUAGAUCCCGUCAUCAGCAGUUCAGCUUUGUGUGCGUGUGUUGGCGCAAUAUUAGAACGGUUUGAAGCUAUUUGCUUCUCUGAUCCAAAAACCGGAGGUUCUCUCUAAACGACUCUAAACGUUUUCUCGAAUUCUCUAAGACCGAAUGCAACCUGGUGCACUUUCCUAUAUCGUAAGAAAAAUCCCCCCAAAAAAGGAAAGUCAGCGGAAAAGCGAUGCAAACAACAGAGAGUGAAAAAAGGUGAAUCAAAGUAAAACUGCCACGAUAUAUGGUGUAGGUGGCCGUGAAGACAUGUAUGUAGGUGCACCAAAGCAGGCUGGCGAGAGUGAGUGAAUUGAUAUAGGGAACCGUUGUUUCUGCGAUAAACGAAGUGAAAAUUUGACCCGAAUAUAACCGUCCGUAGGUGAAUAUUUCAUGUUCCGUUCGGUACCGUUUCAUUCGCAGUGAUGUUUUUGUUGUUUGUGUUUACAGAAAAUUUAUUCAAAAAAAUAUGUGAAAAAUUGCAGGAUACCAGCGUUGCCCUUAGAGACGGAAAAUAUUUGGAGUGUUCAAUAAAGUGUAACCAAAGUAAGCUUUGUGUAGUGAAUAUUUAAGUGAAGUAGUGUGACGUGUCGUGAAUAAGAUGUGCAGGGCAGCAGCCCUUCAAUGCCAAAUGCAAUCUAUAUGCCAAACGAAAGGUGUGGUUUUCAUUUGUGGUGAUAUAACGUAUCGCUUGUGCAUGUGAAAGGAAAAUUUAGUGAAAUUCUUUAUAAAAAGUGUGAGAAGGAGAAAACAACAAGAGCUUAAAGAAAGAGCUUGUACAACACUUAGAACCGGUGGAUAUUUCCGGUGCAGUAAAUACUUGUGGAACCGUAGCCGGAUGGAUUCAUCAGCUAACGAACGCAGUUAGUCUAGCAUCUCCAGGACACAUCAUCAUCAUCAUCAUCAUUUUCAUCACAUGAAUCACAUCAAGUAGAAGCAGCAUUGAAUGAGUUCGUAUAGUUGAUAUAAGCGAACGUUCCAAUCCUCGAAUACCGUCGGAACCGGAAUCUUCCAAAUUCGUCCAGGAUGGCGAACUACUUCCUGUGCCUUGUUGUUCAACGGUUGGUUCUACCGCUCAUUCUGGCAACAUGUGUGUUGAUGAGACCGGUAGGACUGGCCAUUCCAUAUUUGAUAUUCCUAUUAGCUAUACCAUAUGUGCCUGUUGCCAACAAAAAAACUAUCUUGGGACCAACUGGACUUUUUAUGAGGUUAUUAAUUCUGUGCGGUAUAAUAGACUUAGCGGUGAUGAUCGUGUUCCAGCUAAUACUGAUCGGGUUUCCCGGAAGUUCGAUUGAAUCGUGCAGCUUAGGUGAAAUUAUACUACGCCACAUUGGUCUGGUGUCGUUCAAUAAUUUGGACGCCUGGAUGGUGGUGUACUGGUUGGCACCAGAUGUGAUUCUCAUUUUCUUUGGCUUCGUAAUAUACUUCGUUCUGCGGAAGCUGACCGGAGUGAUAGUUCCCCGACGUCGCAGAGGCGUUGAUGCAACCAACGCACGGGAUGACACCGAACAGGGUACGGUCAGUUCGGUACAGGAAUCUACUACAGCGGAUGCGGAUGAGUCCGAACCACAGACGAGUCUCAUUAGCCCUGAGCGGUUGCCGUUCUUCACGAAGCUAGGUGUAUUGUUGUCAAUGUGUAUGCUGUGUGUGGUAGGCAUCAUACAACCAUCCGCGCUGAGCGGAGUGUACUAUAUUGUAUUUUUGGGUGCUGCCUCGUGGUGGGCAUGCUAUAAGAAGCUAGAUAGGGCAUUUGGAAUAGUUCUAAAGAUUACGUUGGUGGUUCUAGUCAUACAUAUAGUGCUGUUUCUGUCAUAUCAGAAUCCAUGGCCUCAGGAAGUCUUGUAUUUCAACGAUACUACAGCGCGAGUUCUUGGACUGAAGCCGAUUCUUAAUUCGUCCUGCAAUCUAGCCAAUGGGACCGAUAUCCGGAACGUGUACUUCAACUCGGACUUUGACACAGAUGUGUACCUCAAUCCGAUCUUCCUGCUCAUAUGCUACUACACUUUAACGAUGACUUCAUCUUUGCUGUUACGAACAAGAAGCGAUGUGACGAAGGAUAGAAAACGGAUGGAUUUGUCCAGUCAGCUCGAAAAUGGCAUUAGGCUACAAAAUCAGAUCUCUUUCCGUAUGCAGCGCAAAAACAUUCUGCGCAAAACGCUCACCAGCGAUCGGUGGCGUGGUGCAGCACGGAAGGUGAAACUGAUGCGUCGAGGAACGCAUAGAAUACGAGAUGCGUCUGCAAACGAUGGCAAAGAAGGCGCUCAAACGGAUCAAAUAGCUUUAGAAACAUUAGCAACGAAUAAAACUAUUUCAGAAGAAGAAGAACCAUCCAGUUUCUUCGAGCAGGCGCUGUUGGCCAUUCGGAAUGUGGCCACUUACAUUUAUAAGAAUAGUUACAUCUUUACCAAUGUAAUAAUGAUGGUUUGGAGCAUCAUGUACCACAGUUGGUUGACAUUCGUGCUACUACUGUGGGCAAAUGCAAUCUGGAUCUUACCGAAUCAUCGUAGAAAUAUGCUUAACUCCAGCCCUUUUCUGGUGAUAUAUGCGGAACUCCUUCUGUUGGCGCAGUUUCUAUAUGGAAUGAAUCUAACAGAGGCUGAGCUACCGACAGUUGUGGAGGGUUCUGGUAUCAACCUAGAACAAGUGGGAUUCGUUCGGCGCACCGAGUAUCCAUGCGUUCCGCUACUUGUGAAGUCACUGUUCACCACGAUGUUCUGGAUUUCUUUGAGGCAGCGCAUCCAGGAGAAACAAACAGAGCGCCGAGAAUCGAUGAUUGCCAACAUGGCCGCACCACUGCAGUUACCAGUAGGAGCAGCAACGACUGCAGCAACGGGGCCUUCGUCGGCGACCGAACAUCCGCCAGAGAAAAAGUCGUCCGCCAUUGUAGACAAGAUGGCGAAAUUCUUACGAUCGUUAAUGAUCAAGUUCUGGAUCUGGGUGGUGGCUCUAACGCUAUUUCUUUCCGCCAUCAUUGGCAACCGCAUGACCGUGUUCCGAAUCGUGUACAUGGUGUUAUUUUUGUGCUUUGUCCUUACAUUCCAAUUUUCCUUCCGAGUGUGGCGUAGAGUAAUGUUCACGUUUUGGCUGACUGUUAUCAUGUACUCGAUGGCCAUUUUAAUAUUGGUUUACUUGCAUCAGUUUGAACAGUUCCCGGGGUACUGGGCAGCGAUAGGGAUAUCAAAAGAGUUACAAGAGGACAUAGGAUUGGAAAUCUUUAAAACUGGUCAGCUGUUUUUACACUUGGUUAAUCCAACUUUGGUGGUUAUCAUAACCGUUAUUCAGCUGCACUAUUGUCAUGAUCGUUUUCUGAUCAUUAGUGAGAUACCAACCAUCCAAACCGAGGAUCAGUCUGACGAUGAAGAGAAGCAAGAACCCGCAACGCCGGUUACCGACGGUCCCGCCUAUGGUACAUUUACGAACGCCGAAACUAUUGUCAUUGAUGAUUCUGCUGAACCUGCAGCUCAAACUACCGCUACAAGUGAAGAACAGAUUCAUCCAAAACCGUCCAUGUCGACGGAUGCUCAACCUGUACGGGAAAAAGUUAUUGAUGAAGAUGAUGAUGAUCAGAGCGAAAAGAUCGAAGAUUUUCGCUUCCGGAAACUCUCGAGACAGGAGAUUACAGGAUUCGCAAGGAAGGCGUGGAAGCAAUCGCUUCAACUGCUAGAGCUAACGUGGUUGUUCUUCGAGAUUCACAUGUUGAAGAUUGUGUUGAUAGUAGCAUUUUCAUUGAGCGUGAAUUCGGUCAACUUUCUGCACCUCCUGUACGUUGUACUGUCGGUUUUCACGGUAAAAGCACACACAACCGGGAAGGAUUCUCUGAUGUACGUACAGUUAAUCAGAAUAACGCGAAUCAUGUCUCUGUUCUCCGCGAUAAUGCUUAUCUUAACCAUGAUCUAUCAAGUGAAGUACAUUAAGGAAGAAAAUUUCCAAAGCGAAUGUCCAAAUAUCGAUGGAAACACAACACAGAUGGACAUGAACAAUGCCAAAUGGUUUGGAAUGCGCAAAACUGGAUCGGGUGAAACGUUGUCUGACCUGCUAAGACCGUAUUUGGUUUACAUACUUAUUGUGACCGUGCAUACGGUGACUAUUUUACGUCAAACGAUACACCGCAUACGGCUAGGACAGUCGCCAAAAACUCCCUCGCUAAUGUUUCCGAAUAUUGUGCGGGCCGAUGCAGACAAGGAUAUACCAAGGAUGAUACAAUAUUUGUUUAACUACGGGUACUACAAAUUUGGCGUUGAGAUUUCACUCGUGACGUUGAUUGUGGUGAUUGGAAACCGAAUGGACGUUUUUUCCAUUUUCUACGCUAUAUGGCUGGCAAUAAUGUUCCACAUGACACGUGAAGGAUUGCAGCGUCUUUGGAAACCACUGACGUGGUUCAUUGUGGUCAUUAUACCGAUACAGUACGUGUUGUUUAUCGGGCUGCCACCGCUUGCGUGUGUGAACUAUCCAUGGUUCAUACCACAGCUGGAUCAUUUCCGUAUCUGGGCCAUGUUACCUGAAAAUACGAACGAGUUUCGAAGCUUUGCCAAUAAGAUGGUGUCGGACUUUGUGCUGCUAAUGUUUCUCUGUCGCCAAACCGUCGUAUUUCGGCUAGAGACAAAUCCUACGCGAGGCUUCGGCGGGGGCAGCAAUACGUCGGUGCUGGAAGAUUUCAAGAAGCUUGAUGAGGGUACCUUACAGAAUCCGACUCCGGACUUCAUCACCAAGGUGCGCAAUUGGUUGGAUAUGCUAAAGCGGACGCUAUUUUUGGUGUCCUUUUGGUUUACGUUGGCUGUAGUGUUCCUGUCCGGAUCGAGUCGGGUGAAUUUGUUCUCGAUCGGAUACCUGAUCGGUGCUUUCUUUUUCCUGUGGCAAGGAACAGACUUUUAUCUGCAUUCGAUAGAGUACAUUCUAAAGCGCUGGAACAUUCUCAUAUGCUACAAUGUGUUCGUAAUAGGCGCCAAAGCGUUUCUGCAGCUUUUUGGUUGUCUGUUUCUGGAGAACCUGGUGAAUAACAAUUGCUGGGUGAUGCAGCUCUUAGGCAUGAACUGCUUAUCCUCAACGCUUCCACCACUGCCACCUGGUACAGUGGAUCCAGGUGAACAGUGCAAUAUUCCUCAUCCGUCCGAUGCAGGCCUAUUUUGGGAUGGAAUGUGUUUCGCCUUUCUACUGCUGCAGCGGCGCCUUUUCUCAAGCCAUUACUUCUGUCACAUCAUCAACGAGUCGAAGGCGAGCAAAUAUUUGGCAUCAAGAGGUGCGGAGCUAAUCGAGGAACUGCGAAUCAAAGAAAGUGCGCAAGAAGCGGAACGGGAACGGCAGAUAUUGGAAAAAAUCAAAGCCAAAAUGGAUCGUAUAAAAGCGACGCAGCAGAAAAUUCUGGAGGCCGUGCAAGAUCCUGCAACCCACGCGAUAGAUGCCGGACGGCGUCAGCUACAGCCGACUCAUAGUAUGUCAUCAUAUACAGGAUACCACACGCCGAUAGAGGACGAAAUAGCGGCCAAUUCAAUGUUUAUCGAAGGCGAGGGUCUCUCGGAAAUGCCCUCGGAUAAUGGUGGAUUGACGGUGGGCCGAGGAUCGUACCAAACACAGGUACCAUCGCCAAGCUCCGCUCUUAUGACAGUGUCGCUGGAUGCUUAUUUGGAUCCUCAGCGAAUGUCAUUUGAUUCGCCUAACGAUUUGAUGGCACGAGUUUGCAGUCCAGAUGAUACGUUCCCCGUAUUUUCACCACCACCGUUCGAGAAGGAGCAGACACCGUUAGUGGCCACGACCACUAACACGCUAAUGCCACCAACGAAGACGGCGCUACAAACGCGACAACAUCGCCGACAGUCGAGUUUAAACGCUGUUUCCUGGCCAGCAAAUAAUGAGCUAACUGUUAGUCCAAAAGCGCAACAUCGCACGGCUGCCACUGGCAAUAUCUACAUGCCAACUGAAGAUUUCGCUAACGGUCGGGAUAACAAUGAUCAAUCUCAGCAACCUUCCCAAUCACCGCGUUCACCCCGCUCUCCGCGUUCGGCUACUUUCGCACCGAAUCAACCACGUCAUCGACGAUUGUCGAGCAUAGGAUCCGGUUCCGGCGUACCGGACGAACUGACCGGGGGCGAUGCCGUCGGUGCGCGCCGUCGCUCGAGCUUCUUGGUGUCGCUGUUCGUGGAUGAGGAUACCACGCGGUACGAUGAGGUUACGACCACCGCGAACGGCGGCCCCAUAUCCCGGCGACGGUCGCGAUCACGCAGCUUUUGGGGUCCGGUUGGUGAAGCCGGUUUGCGGGACUCGAUCCGAUCCGCUCGAUCGCGUUCGCCCGUAUCACACCACGAGUAUACUGUCGACCAUAGGUCGAGUUUGAAGCGCAAAAUAUCGGAACACCGACCAACGGCCAUACGAUCCGGUGACUAUUACAUGUUUGAAGAGGUGGAGCAGGAGUUUGAGUUGGAUUUAAUGGAACCGCACGAGUAUGAAGACGAUCUGGAAGAAAAAUCACAAAAGGAUCAACGGCUCCGUCAAAGGCUUACGCUAGGAAGGUUGGCCGCACAGUUGCGCAAGCAAAGACAAAAGGAGGUGUAUGAGCUUGCGUACGGUGACCGCACUGAUACUGAUGACUCUAAUGAGGUCGAUCAGCCUCCUACACUAGCAUCCAGCGAUCUACCCGGAGAGGAUCAGGCACAUCCACCGUUACGCCGGCGCCUUUCGUCCCCGAUUGUUUUACGGCGCAGACAAUUAGGCAUGGCCGCCAGGGACGACCAUACUGCUCUUCCGGAACGAUCUGCCCUUUCAGAACCAUUACCACCGCACGAUUCAGCUCAUUCAGCUACUCGGCAACGAAAACCAACUGCGUUGGAUGCACCAACUGUUGAAACGGGAGGUCCGAGUCGGGAAUUGCAUCCCCAGCAAUCGAUAACAGACGAAGAGGCACGUCUAUUGAGCGACGACGAAGAUGAAGUGGAGGGCAGAAAAGAAGCUGCCCCGGAAGAAAAGAAGAGCAAAUUUUCCCUGUCAGGAUUAGCACUCAUACCGGCGUUUUUGGCCGGGGCCGUUGGUUCUGUGACGUUGCGGUUACAUCGUGCUUCGCGUAAUUAUCGUUACGUGAUGCGUGUGCUGACCAGGGAAAAGCAGGUGUUGAAAGAAACGCCUGGUUUCGGUGUUGGUGUUCGGGACAAGGACGGUGUAUGGACGCAUUGUGUAUCGCGAACUGGAAGUAGUACUUCACCACAGCCCGAAGGUACGGCACAUUCGGGCUCGGCACAAUCAGGGUCUAGUAGCAGUAGUCUAUUGUCUCGUCCUGGGUCGCUUGCAUCCAUCAGUAGAUUCAACAGUAGUAAUGUUAACGAUAACACAGACUACGAACGAGACUAUGCGGAAGCCGAACAGCCAGCGUCUGCCGUUCCGUCAUCGCCAGCUGUAACGUUCACGGUGUCCGAGGUCCAACCGGACACGGCAAGCGAAAGCGAGGCAAAACCUAACACAAUCCGCGAUCUGCAGGAAUACUGUACAGAACGACAGCAUGGGGAUGAAGGACUGCAUACAGUAAGUGGAUUAGGAGCAGCGUUAGCGAUGAUCGGUCGUAAAGAUCCGCUAAGAGAAGAGCGCAGUAAUAGUUUACUACCCGAGAUACUGAUCUCGGCACCGUCGGCCGAACGCGGUCUGGACGAAGAUGGGAUACCGUACCGCUACUAUUCCAAUGAUACACUGGACAGCAAAACCGAUGGCAGCUCAACCGAAGCCGUCAAACGUACACUGGACGAGGUGAGCUCCGAGGAAGACUUCUCGUCACGAAAACACUCCAUAAUAUUCGAGUUGCUUCAAGCAGCGUGGUACGCCAUUAUGUCACACACCGACUUCAUUUGCUAUUUUGUAGUAUUUUUAAAUCAGGUGAAUUCGGCCAGUUUACUCUCAUUGCCACUUCCAUUGAUGGUAACGCUCUGGGGAACACUUACGUUCCCACGUCCAGCGCAAACGUUCUGGACAAUGCUGAUCGCGUACACUCAGAUGGUGGUGCUGGUGAAGUGUAUCGGUCAGUUUGAAAUGUUCUGGUGGAACCAAACACCAAUACCUUCGAAUCAACCGUUCCACGUAGCACGGCUAUUCGGCAUUGAGCGAAAGGACGGUUAUGCAACAUACGAUCUGAUGCUGCUGCUUAUGCUAUACUGUCAUCGGUUUAUACUAAAGUCGCUCGGCCUGUGGAAAUCGGACCCGACAGAUGAUCCGGCACUCACGGAAGGAAUCUACCAGGUGGAUACAAAUGACGAUCGUACAAAGGCGUUAAUGGCGUUGGCAGAAGAAAAUGAGAAAAAACGUGAAACAUUGGAAAUACGUCCACCGGACGAACUGACCGGACUGUCGAUGGUAAAAAUCAAUGAAAAAGAUGGAACGAUCGUGGAGGAACCGACAGGUGAAGAGGAUCCCAAUGUGCUGUGCGUAACCAUUCAUUCAGAGCCAACGAAAAAGUACUUCCCACAAAUAGCGAAGCAAGCAUUCCUGCGAUACUCAGCAGCUCUGAAGGCAUUCUUUGCUCAGCUGUUCGAUCGGACAUCGCGCAAAACGACCGACGUGUACGGAUACAUGUUCCUGUGUGAUUUCAUCAACUUUUUUGUGAUCCUUUUUGGUUUCUCAUCUUUCGGGAGUCAAGACGGUGAUGGCGGCGUGUUGUCAUACUUUGAAGAAAAUCGAGUGCCAGUCACAUUUCUGCUGAUGUUGCUCAUUCAAUUCUUCUUGAUAGUGGUGGAUCGGGCAUUGUACCUACGCAAGCACAUACUCGGAAAGAUAGUGUUCCAAUUCAUUCUGAUCAUCGGUCUGCACGUGUGGAUGUUCUUUGUGCUGCCAGCGACAACCGAGCGCAGCUUCAAUGCGACUACUCCGCCGAUAGUGUACUACAUGAUCAAAUGUUUCUACCUGCUGUUCUCGGCAUACCAGAUACGAUGCGGCUACCCUGCACGAAUUUUGGGCAACUUCCUAACGAAGGGCUUCACGAUGGCCAACUUCUCUGGCUUUAAACUGUUUAUGACCGUACCGUUCCUGUUCGAGUUGCGCACUCUCAUGGAUUGGAUCUGGACGGACACAUCAAUGACGCUGUUCGAUUGGUUGAAAAUGGAGGACAUAUUUUCCAACGUGUACCAGCUGAAGUGUAUGCGGCAGUUGGAGGAAGAUCUCCCAGCGCCACGCGGCCAGAAGAAGGGAGCGAUGGUGAAAUAUCUGAUGGGUGGUGGCAUGAUGCUUGGAAUAAUCUUUCUGAUCUGGUUCCCGCUGGCAUUGUUCGCGUUUAGUAAUGCGGUCGGUCAGCCAAACAUUCCGCACGAUGUGUCGGUAGAGUUACGGAUUGGAACAUACGAACCGGUGUAUGCGAUGAGUGCACAAAAUAACAGCAUCUACGGACUAACUCCAAACAAUUGGUCAAAUUUUACUGCACCGUUUAUGGAGCGUGCUGCGCAGACGUUCCUUUCGAACUACGAACCGGCGGAUGUGGCGGCGGUACAGCUCGGUAUAAACUCAACUUCCAUCUGGAACAUUUCACCACCGGAGCGGAAUCGGUUGCUGAAUGAUUUGAUAAACAACGUAACGUUAACCUGCCGGUUCCGAUACACGAUCAGUAGGAUGACCAAUUCGAAGGAAAAUCCGGGUGUCAUAUCAGAGGAACGCACGUACCAGCUGGAUGAUGGUCCCGCACGCCAAGCGCUCAUUAAUUCGAUCACUAGAGAGAAAGACAACGAUAUGGCCGCGUUGAUGAAUAUUAUGCCGAAGUUCUUACGUGUGCAAAAUAGUGGGGCGAUUAGACCAGUUCAUCAGCUGGUGAAAUCAGCCAACAAUGAUGAAGCGGAUGAAAAUUAUCGGAACAUGCAGAUACGACAGUUAUACAUGGAUGAGAAAUCUAACGUAAGCUGGUGGGAAGCAACGGAAGAUUGUGGUGAUACGUUGUACGAGAAGUACUUUUCCCGAUUGCCAUUUGCCGAUUGCGCCAACUAUCUGGUGAUUUACAUGUUCAAUGAUAAAAUAUUUCCCAGCACCAUCAGUUCAAUUGCUGCAGGAGGCAUCAUUGGUAUCUACUCGACGAUGAUUCUCGUGUUCUCGCGUAUGCUGCGAACAAGCAUCUUUUCCGGUGCUAGUUCGAAAAUUAUGUUUGAAGAUUUACCGUACGUCGAUCGAGUAUUGCAGCUAUGUCUGGACAUUUACCUGGUGCGCGAAUCGUCCGAAUUUACGCUGGAGGAGGAUCUGUUUGCGAAAUUGCUGUUCCUCUACAGAUCACCGGAGACGAUGAUAAAAUGGACUCGACCCAAAAACGAAGGUGGUGGUGACGAUGAAACGGACACCAUGACGGAUCAACCCGCAUCCCACCCGAAGCAAGAAUAAGCGAACGCGAAGAUAUUAUACGGGAUGAUAUUUUGUUUUUGUUUUUUGUGAUAGAAGAACACUUACAAUUGUUAAUGGUCGAGUGGACAAGAUAUGAAAGUUGUUUCGAUGUGGUGAUGUCGUUAUAGAUCUUUGUUAAGUUAUAUCGGAUUGAAGAUAAAAGAAGUUUAAAGCAAUAAACAUGGAUGAGUUGAUAGAUGAAGACAAUCGAAAAGUAGUAAAUUUCGAACAGAUAGCGUAACAUGAAAAGCCAUGGAGCGAUUAAAAUGUUCUUUGUACAUAAACAUCAUGCGGUGAGAGCAAAACAGCGUGUACGUUUCAUUCGCUAUGCGUUGUGAACGAACGAACGCUGUAUUAAAAUUUGAAUUAAAUUCGAAAGCUAGUCGAAAAACGCGUCCCAUUUACACAUGGCAAGUCAUGCAUUACUAUCAUAAAUUAUUCGCUUCUCACUACUUGUUAUACACAGGUUUUGCUAACAUCCUUUUGCUUCCUUUUCCACGAUCACAAUACAUUAAGCAGUACAAAAUGAUUGGGCGAGUCAGAAAUGUGAAGAGGAUCAGUUUACAUUAGUUGAUAUACCGCGGCGAUUAGCGGAUGAACAUAAUAUCAUAGGAAUAGUAAUUUCGAAGCGUACUCGUUUUGUUUGUUCCAGGGUUGAUCCAUUUUAUAGCGCGUAAUCCAAUCGAAAUUUGUAUCGUUAAAUAAAGAACAAACGAAACCAUGUGAAUUUUCGAAACAA